AUGAGCCCAGAAGACACGGCAGCUCUCGUCGCUUCUGAACAGGCGAUGUACGGACCCUUUUUUGGGAGUCUGGGAGUCACUUCAGCCAUGAUAUUCGCGGCUGCUGGCUCUGCCUAUGGAACGGCCAAGUCAGGCACUGGAAUCGCAUCGAUGGCGGUGGCACGACCAGACCUCGUCAUGAAAGCCAUCAUCCCUGUCGUCAUGGCCGGUAUCGUUGCCAUCUAUGGACUCGUCGUCGCUGUCAUCGUAUCCGGCAAAGUGGCUCCUGGUGGAUCACAAUAUACUAUCAACGCUGGAUUUUCGCAAUUUGCUGGUGGUCUCGUGUGUGGUAUUUGCGGACUUGGAGCCGGCUACGCCAUCGGCAUCGCCGGCGAUGCGGGAGUGAGAGCCCUCUCACAACAACCGCGAAUGUUUGUAGGCAUGAUUUUGAUUCUCAUUUUCGCAGAAGUUCUCGGUUUGUACGGUAUGAUUGUCGCUCUUAUUCUUGGUGCUACCUAA